ACCAGUAAACCACCUAUUCGACCUCAGAAUAUCUCCAUACUUUUCACUUUCCAAUCCUGCUUUAUUCCUUGUAAAAUCAAGAAAAUGAUGGCCGGGUUUGAAACUCAACCAAACAGGGCAUUUCUUGAUUGGCUCCAAGCUUCUAGUAAUAGCACUAAAAAGAUUAAAUCACCCCCUCUUCUCAAUCAAGAAGAGCAACCAUUUUUCGAAAAUGCUGAGGCUGUUGAUUCUAUAAUAUGUGUUCCAGGUUCAAGGCUGGUUUCUAGGAACGCCAUUUCUAAAGAAAAUGUAGUGAAGUUUGUAAAUGCUGGAGGUGGGACUAUCAAAGAAGAGGGAGAACAUGGCAAGUUUAUCAUGUCUGAUCAUGGUUUUGAUGGAGGGAACGUUCUUAAAACCAAUGAAAGUGUAAUUGAUGACAGCAAUUUUGGGGCUUUGUACCAAUCAGCAAGGAUAGGAAACUUCAGCUAUCAAUUUGAAAACCUCCCAGCUGGAGACUAUUUCGUUGAUCUUCAUUUUGCCGAAAUCAUAAACACAAAUGGUCCCAAGGGGAUGAGGGUCUUUGAUGUGUUCAUACAGGAAGAUAAGAUUUUAUCAGAACUUGACAUAUAUUCCCUAAUUGGAGCCAAUAAACCUUUGCAACUGGAAGAUGUCAGAAUCUCUCUGGGGCCCAAUGACGUGAUAAUGAUAAGGUUUCAAGGAUUAAAUGGAAGUCCAAUUGUAAGUGGCAUAUGUAUUAGGGAAGCACCUAAUUUGCCUGUAUCUCUGGUGAAACAAAGGUGCCCUGAAACUGAGAACCUUUCCUUUGAGAAUAAAGAUGUCAGAGCAAGAAACGAUGCUAGAUAUCAGAGGAAAAUAGAAGAGUUGCAAGCACAAUGUGAGCGAAAGACAGAUGAAUGCUACCAGGCCUGGAUGUCACUAACAGACAUGAGCAAGAAGCUUGAAGAGGUGACCAUGGAGCUUGAUAACAAAUCUUUCCAAAAUAAUUGCCUAGAUCAAUCCAUGGUGCUACAAGCAGAGAAGUUAAAAGAUGUAUCCACCAAGUACAAUCGUGAAAAGAAGUUCUGGUUUGAAGCCAUUAAUAAGAUAGAGUCAAAAGUCAAGAUCCUGAAGGACGAACAGAGCAAACUAUCUCGAGAAACACAUGAUUGUGCCAAUUUAAUUCCUGAUUUGAAUAAGAUGGUUUCAGCUGUUCAGGGGCUAGUGGCACAGUGUGAGAAUCUUAAACUGAAGUGCAGUAAGGAGCAGGCAGAGAGGAAGAAGCUAUACAACCAAAUUCAGCAAACAAAAGGAAAUAUAAGGGUGUUUUGUCGGUCUCGCCCACUGAGUAGAGAGGAAGCUUCAGCGGGAUAUGCAACAGUCACAGAUUUUGACGGGGCAAAGGAUGGAGAUCUGGGGAUAGUUACAAGUGGUUUUACUAAAAAAACAUAUAGAUUUGACCGUGUCUACAUGCCAAAGGACAAUCAAGAUGAUGUAUUUGCGGAUGCUUCACCAUUGGUGAUCUCGGUUUUAGAUGGCUAUAAUGUGUGUAUAUUUGCUUACGGACAGACAGGAACUGGAAAAACAUUUACCAUGGAAGGAAUUGAGAACAACAGAGGAGUAAACUAUAGGACUUUGGAGCUUCUUUUCAGAAUGAUUGAGGAAAGGAAAGAUGCUUUCACAUACAACGUAUCUGUCAAUGUACUGGAAGUUUACAAUGAGCAAAUUAGGGACUUGUUAGUCAACUCACCAGCAUCAAAGAAGUUGGAGAUAAGACUAGAUAUCGGAGGAAUUAAUCAUGUACCUGGAAUAGUGAAUGCUGAAGUAGAAAAUAUAAGAGAGGUUUGGAAUGUUCUGCAAGCUGGAAGUAAUGCAAGGGCUGUAGGAUCAAACAAUGUGAAUGAGCACAGUAGUCGUUCUCAUUGCAUGAUCUGCAUAACUGUGAGAGCUAGAAAUUCAAUGAAUGGUGAAUGUACCAAGAGCAAGCUUUGGCUUGUGGACUUGGCAGGCAGUGAGAGAUUGGCAAAAACUGAUGUUCAAGGAGAGCGCCGCAAGGAAGCUCAAAAUAUCAACCGUUCUCUUUCAGCACUGGGAGAUGUCAUAUCUGCUUUGGCAUCUAAGAGCAGCCACAUCCCAUACCGAAAUUCAAAGCUUACACACUUGCUGCAGGAUUCCCUUGGCAGUGAAGCAAAAAUUCUGAUGUUUGUGCAAAUCAGCCCCUUGGAGCAAGACUUGGGUGAAACUUUGAGUUCAUUAAAUUUUGCAACUCGUGUUAGAGGUGUUGAGUUGGGUCCUGCAAAGAAACAGAUCGACUUUGGGGAGAUUCAAAAACUUAAGCUACUGCUUGAUAAAUUAAAGCAAGAAUCCAGAACAAAAGAUGAUGCCUUGCGGAAGUUAGAAGAGAACUUUCAUGCCUUGGAAUCUCAAGCAAAAAACAAGGAUCAGUUCUGCAGAAACCAACAAGAAAAGGUUAAUGAACUAGAAAGCCAACUUGCGAUGAAGGCAGACUCAUGCAGUCAGAUGGACAGACAGCUGACAGAACUCUCAAUGAAAGUGAGAGUUGGAGAAGACAUUAGAGCGAAUCUUCAGCAAAAGGUAAAUCAGCUUGAGAAAAAGCUGAUAGAAUGUGAGCAUGUUGAGAGCAAUGCUCUUCAGCACAAGGUCAAGCAGCUUGAAAGGACAUUGAAAGAAAGAACUAACGAGUUUGAAGUUCAUUCAGUGAUCCUCCAGAAAAAGGUUAAGGAACUUGAGCACAAGUUGGAAAGGCAAGGAGGAGGUACUACGGUAUCUCCAAUGCUUCGUCCAAAGAUUCAAGAGCUUCAGGAAAAGGUAAGCCAACGUGACAGACAUUUGGAAAGUUCACCAGAACUGUGUGCAUCUGAGCAGUCAAGAGCCAGUACAGAUGAAAGAAAAGACUCUUCAUCAAUAACAGAAAAUGAAGUCAAUACAGGUCCAGGCACCCAAAUGUUACAGCCUCGGAAACGCCCCACAGGACAGGGUUCUAUUCUUCUUAAAGGAAAUGAGUCACUGGGCCAAUUGCGAAUGAAAAGGGAGUUCCAGAAUAAAGGGAUUGAGAACAUCUGCUUAUCAAACCCUUCAACUGAAAAGAAGCGGUCACUGGCAACUGAAUCAAAUAAAGGGAGGCAUAUUGACCCUACAAAAGCAUUUGCAAGAGUAACAAGAACUACAAAACCAUUCCCUGGUAUUCAGAGGUCCUUAUCUAGUCGAAUCAACAGAGAACCAGUGCCAAUGGUCAAGGAGAGGGAAAGCAGUACAAGAGUUUGGUUGAGAUAAAGACAAAUUAUAAAUUAACCACAAAAAUUUUUUUUUUUUGGCUUUGCAUUGUAUUCCAGCUCAUGUGUAUUUCCUUUUCCUCUCAUCUGGACGCAUGCUCAGGUAUCUGCACAAAUACACGACUGUGCAAAUGAGCUAUCUGUUUAUUAGAGUUACUGUACAUAAUAUGGCUAAUCCUAUAAAGAUAUUGGAGGCUGUAUAUAGCAAUGCCAGCGCCUCAAUGGCAUAAAGUACAGCCUGCUCUCUCGUGUACCUCACCCAUACAUCUCAUUAUAUGGU